AUGUUUAGUGAUGAUUCUUUUAAUGAAGAAGAUUCUUCUAUUUAUUCUUCAAGCUUUGAUAAAAAAUAUAAAAAACAAAAAAUAUCUAAUAUAUAUACAUCAAAUACUCAAUCUGAAGAGCUUAUCUCUACCAAAUACAAUAAUCCAGUUAAUAGUGAUAACAAUGAUGAGUAUUAUAAUUUGGCUAAUAGUAAUCAUGAUACUAUUCCUGAUAUGCAUAACAAUCUAGUUAAUGAAGAAUCUUCAACUUUACCAAACAACCCAAAUAAUGUAUCAAGUUUACCAAAUCUAAAAAAAAUAAA